AUGGACUGGAGUCGUAGCCAUUUCACAUUCGAGUUUCUCUCGGAGUCUGCUUUUGCUUCCCGCCCAACACCAGAGACGCGAGGCGUUUCUGGUGCCGCGAACUGGAGUCUUAAUUAUUUCGAAACCCACAUUCGAGUUUCUCCCGCAGUCUGCUUCUCGCUUCUCGCCCAACACCAGAGAUGCCAGGCAUUUCUUGUGCUUCAAGUUUUUACUGGAGUCUUAAUUAUUUCCCAAAGCACAUUCGAGUUUCUCCCGCAGUCUGCUUCUCGCUUCUCGCCCAACACCAGAGAUGCCAGGCAUUUCUGGUGCUUCAAGUUUCUAGACCAGACUGAUCGGGUUCAUGAAGAACUGCUAGGCGCAAAAUGUUUCAUUGAAGACGUCGCUCCUAUACCAGUAAGCAUCGUGCACAAGGAUGCAGUUCACGCUCAAGCUGAAGAUGAGGACGAGGACGAGGAAAGUGUUGAAUUCGAUGUCGGCGACACUGUUGGCCCGUGA